CAACGCCAUAAACUAGUGCUGAAACCCUAUCUUAUUUCGAAAUAUAUUGCAAGAUACGAGAUGAACGCCGAGAUAAAAGCCAAAGUGGAAGCAUGCUGUCGCACAGCGGAAGAUUUUACACGCUUGUACUACGCUUCAUUUGAUAAUCGCCGCCAUCAAAUGGGUCGCUUAUAUAUAGACACGGCCACGUUUAGCUGGAACGGGAAUGGAGCUCAGGGCCGCGAGACGAUCGAGCGUUACUUCCUGGAGCUACCCUCGUCCCGUCAUCAGCUGACCACGCUCGAUUCGCAGCCAAUUCUAGAUCCAGCUGUCGGCGGCCAGACGACGUACAUAAUACUGGCCAGCGGCACAGUUAAAUAUGCCGAACAAUCCCUGCGCACGUUUCAACAAUCAUUUGUAAUUACCGCCGAGAAUGAUAAAUGGAAAAUUGCCUCCGAUUGUUAUCGACUGCAGGAGCCGCUUAAUUAGAAAAUGCAUU